AUGCUUAUUAAGAUUGUUAUUAUUAAACCCCAUAUAGAAAAUACUCAAUUACAAGCAGACCUUUCAAAUUUACAUUCACAAUGUUUAGUUCAAGAAGAUGAUAAUUUAUUUUUAUCAGAAUCAUCUGAAAUUUUAGAAAUUACAGAAAAUAAUCUUUUAGAAAAUGAGGUUUGGACUGAAAAAGAGCUUUCAAAAUUUAAAAAAUUAUAUUAUAAAGAAAAAGAUAUUAUUGAAAAACAAGAAGAUGAUAAUCAAGAUUUAGAAAAUAAAAUAAAUUUAUUACAAAAUAAUGAUUUUAAAAAAUCUUUUAAAAAAGUUUGUUGUGAAAAAAAUUGUUUACAAACUCAAGUUGAAUAUUCUAUAGCUUUAAAAAGAUAUUUAAAUUUUAAAAAUCUUACUAAAUCUUUACAAGAUAUAUAUUUAUUAGGUAUAAUUUCUGCUACCAAACGACCAAAAAUAAUUAAAAAUUCAAAGAAAUCUAAGCUUAUUACAGAAUAUAGCUUUGAAGGAAAAUCAAUUUGUAAAAAUGCUUUUAAAACAAUUUAUAGUCUUGGAGAUACAAGAUGGAAAAAUUUAAGAGAUCAUUUUGUAGAACAUGAUAUAAAUUUACGUAUUAAUUCAAAAACUGGAAAAGUUGGAAAUCGAACAAUAUCUUUUGAAACAGUAAUGAAAGUAAUUACCUUUAUAGGAAAUUUUGCUAAACAAAAUGGUUUACCAUCUCUAGGACAAAGUUUUCAUGAUAAUACUAUUGCUAUUAUAUAUUUACAAGCAGAUACUACUUAUUUAUUUUUACAUACUCAAUAUUUAGAAGCAAUUAAUACUAAUGAUCAAUUUGAAAUUAGUUUAAUGACAUUUAUUAGAAUUUGA